AUGAAUCACUAUUUAUCUUUGCAAAGAUACAUUACAUUAAAUGAAAUACAGAAUUUAUUGUAUUUGAUAUUCAGUUGUUUGUUGUCGUUCUAUUAUAAAUUUGCUACUACUGUUACCACUACUUCUUUAUUUGGUCAUACCAAUGAUAGUAAAAAUUACAUUAAUAAUAAUAACAAAGUUAAUAAUAAAAUUAAUAAAUUAGAAUCACUUUCAGAUAGAUAUAAAUCGAUAUAUAUAUCUUAUAGUGUAUCUGGGUCUUUGCAACUGCAUUUCAAUAGAUUCCAUGGAAUCGGCAAUUACAAUAACCAGCACACCACUAGCUUCGAUACUCUAAGCGAACUAUUCACACAAUUCGAACAACACCUCGUCAUAAGGAAUGGCAAUAGCAAAGAAAAUAUCAAUUUAGAAGUGAAUAGACUUUAUUUAGAUAUAUCGAAUUAUUGUUUGAACUCGAAAUCCGGUAAAUCGCCAACUCAACCACUAGUGCCGAUUGGUGUGAUAUUAGAAUCGUUGUUCUUCUUUGAAGAUGUUGUUGUGGAUGAUAUUACUGUUGUCGGUAGUAGUAGUCUGUGUGUAGCUAACCACAUCACUUGGUUAAGGUCAGAACUGAACAGGAAAAUCGAUACAUUCCUCAUUGAGAAUAGAUCUUGGAAUCUGUUGGACUAUGAAUAUUAUCCGGUUGAUAAUCGCGGUGAGAUCUUGUUGAAGCUGAAAAAGAUAAAACAAAACAGUGGCAGACAUCUGUUGUAUAAAGAGUUGGAGUCGAUACAAUUUCAAUCGAGAACAUUUCGUCGAUUGAGUAGUAGAAUGCAUCAAUUGAGAACAACAACAACAACAUCCGAUCAUCAAGUAUGCACUGCUGAUAACCAACAUCUUAAAGUAUUGAUUUACGAGAUCGGUCCGCGAGGAAUGUUCUCAAUGUUACACUUUGUUGCCUACUCUCUCUCGCUCUCCUACCAAUUCAAAAGAAUGUUCAUUGUCAAUACAACAUCCUACUCCUAUGCCAAUCAUUGGAAUGAUGUAUUACUUCCUCUAUCAACAUGUGAAAUGAAAGAUGUUGAUAUUGAAUCACCUCAGUAUAUCACUGAGUUGUAUUAUAGUGAAUAUGAUAGAGAUCGUCGUGUAACUAUCGUUGAGAAUAGCUAUAUGGUGUAUUAUAAGUUUAGAUCGCCAAGAGACUACCCGGAAACACGUUUCGCUUCGCUACUAGAGUAUCGGUCGUACAUCAUGGAUUGGCUGGCACGACCUAGCUAUGAGACACGCCAAAUGAUACGUCGAUACAAACAAGAGUUGUGGGGAGAUCGUUUGAUGCCAGCGGGAUGCGAAGACUGCUGUGUCAGUGUGCAUAUCCGGUGUGGCGACAAGUGGGAUGAGUCUGGCGUUAGCAUGACUCCGUUCGACGACUACUUCAAAGCGAUUCUCGAGGUGACUCGUAACGCCACACGUCUCCACGAUAUCUUUCUGAUGACCGAUAACAGCACGGUGAUAGAGAUGCUCGAGCGACGAUCGCAAGCGUUAAAACUCAACCUGAAUAUCAGAUACAUCAAGGAGAUAGUGAGGUAUUCCGAUCGAGUACUGGAGGUCGCCAAGGAGCUAGAAACCGGAAGAAUACCAUCCAAUUUGAAAUCUACUUACGGUGCACAGCUAUUUUCCGAGGUGCACAUUGCCAGUGAAUGUAAAUUCUUCAUUGGAACGCAAUCGUCAAACAUCGGUAGAACCAUCACUGAGUUAAUGGCUGCUAAAAACUAUAAUUCCUUUGUCAGUUGGAUGAGUGUAGAUAAUAGUCCAUGGGUUGCAAAUCCCUAA